CAUGUGUACAUUUACAUGUAGCUUACAUUUGAGUAUUCAUAUGUAUGUUGGUUAGUUAGGUUGGUAUAUUAUUCAUUACAAGGUCUCAAAAACUUAACGUCACAACUAAAUUUGUCAUCACCCAUCAUCACCCAUUUUACAGACUGGCUAAUCUUUUUUUUUUUUUUUUUUUUAAACAAAAUUUCACAUUUUAGGAAAGUCUUGUGCUGAUGUGUUGUAAAGAAAACCUUAAUUUAUACAAUACAUUUAAUUCCAGGGGAGAUAGCUCUGUACUUCUGCUCUGCCUAAACCUUUGUUUUCCAUGUCUCUCAACCUCUGGAUGUCUACAGCUCAGGAUGCGCAGAUACAAGGCCAGCUUAAAUGUGAGAUCCCACUGGUUGCUGUCCAUGGUAACACCCCCCCACCCCCCACCAACCCACCCAGAUUGGUAUCUGCCGGGUCGAGUCGGGACUUGACUUGUUGCACACAGGUGUGAUAAGACCGAACACUGGUGCCAAAGCUUACUAUGUGUCCUAUACAUAUAUUACAUUACAGACAGCUUUUUACUGGUGACUGGUUUGCGCAUGCGAAGAGGCAAGCUGAGGCCACUUUGUUUAACAGAUGACCGUGUCGAGAGCAUCUAUCGCUCUCGAUGCGCACCGCAGAAUAUGAGCGUUUUUACAUUGACAAGAUAUUUAAACCCGGUUAGAUACAAUUCCAGGUUUUAUUUCUCUGCACGCCUCUCGUAAUAGGCUACUACGUUUCACGCAACAGGCUGCAACACCAAUGUGGAGUCUGUACGCUGAAGAACGGUACCACCACCUGUAACUGUGCCAAUCUGCUCCCGACUUUCAUGCCGACGCCGAGGAUGAAGAAGCAAAACGUCCGAACCCUGUCGCUCAUCCUCUGCAUGUUUUCCUACUUGCUGGUCGGCGCCGCGGUGUUUGACGCGCUGGAGUCCGAGUCGGAGAGCUCCCGCAGGCGCAUCUUGGAGCAGAAGCGCAACGAGAUGAAGAAGAAGUACCGCUUCUCCGAGGACGACUACCGCGAAAUCGAGCGAGUGGUGCUGCAAGCUGAGCCCCAUCGCGCCGGGAGACAGUGGAAAUUUGCUGGCUCUUUUUACUUUGCCAUAACAGUCAUCACCACCAUUGGUUAUGGACAUGCAGCACCAGGCACAGAUGCAGGAAAGGUCUUCUGCAUGUUCUACGCUGUACUGGGCAUUCCUCUCACUUUGGUCAUGUUCCAGAGCCUGGGAGAAAGGAUGAACACAUUUGUCCGCUACCUCCUCCAUAAGGCAAAGCAGUGCAUGGGCUUUCGACGCACUGAAGUGUCCAUGGAGAACAUGGUCCUGGUAGGCUUCCUGUCCUGCAUUGGGACACUCUGUGUGGGAGCUGCAGCUUUCUCCCACUUUGAGGGAUGGAGCUUCUUCCACGCUUACUACUACUGCUUCAUCACACUCACCACGAUUGGCUUCGGGGACUUUGUGGCCCUGCAGAAAAAGGAGGACCUCCAGGAGAAAACCCCCUAUGUGGCGUUCAGUUUCAUGUACAUCCUGGUGGGGCUAACUGUUAUUGGGGCCUUCCUUAAUUUGGUAGUGCUUCGCUUCCUCACCAUGAACACUGAGGAUGAGAGGAGAGAUGCUCAAGAGAGGGCAUCACUGAAGAGGGACAGAGGCCUUUUGGAUGGGGCUGUGGGUCUCCAUGUUGUAGGUGAACAGAGCAGAGGCAGUCACAGGGAGAGGAACAGGAGCAAUGCAGUGCACAACCGCAGCCACAGUACGCUCUUCCUCCCGAUGGAGGAGGGAACCAGCCGCACCAACCUCAUCGCUUCCCCAGCAGAGGAUCAGGAGAGGCAAAGGAGCCCCUGCAAAAACAGGCUGCAUUUUCAGAUCAAGGCAGGAAGACACAGGCCGGGGUCGAGCCUCAGCUCCCUCUGCUCCUGCGUGUGCUACCGCUUAGGGAUUUGUGAUAGUCCUCUCAUGUCCCACAGUGAACACCACGGCUGCCAUAUCAAUUCUGUUUAUUACAACUCGGUCUCCUAUAGGAUCCAGGGCUGCUCGCCAGGUUCCAGGGACAACACUGGACUCUCAUCCCCGGGAAGCACGCUCUCACCUGGGCAUAGCUUCCGGGAGUUCCCUCGUUCAAGGAGAAAGUCAGUGUAAAGAGCACUAUAGUGCGGGGAAAGACUGUAAACAGUAUUUUCAAUGACACUGUAUUUUGUGUUGCACCUCUUUUGUGCAUGUCAGAAGACAAUGAUUCUGUUAACUGAAUAGGUUGUCUGUUGUGGCUAUUUAAAAUCAUUUUAUUUGUAAAGCAAAGAUGAGAUUUAAUUUCCUCUUUUACCAUGCAAUUAUUUAUGUUAUUUAAGCUGUUUUCCUCGCAUGUAAGCCAAAGUGCAGUGCAUGCUAAAGAGAAUGUAUAGCACACAAUGUGAAUGCAUGAGUGCUAUGUAAAGAUGUAAAAGGUUGGGCUUUUUAACAAAAGUAUUUUGUAUAUAGUGCUUAUUAAUGACUGUAUAACUAUUCGGUGAAGGUAUGUGAAUGAUCCUAAAUGGACUGUGCUCCUGCUUUAAACAAAAUCCUAAAUUUUUCAUGCCAUACCUAGAAGAUGUCAUUAUACUUUUAUAUUAAAAAAGCCUUAAAGAACUUUGACCAAGCACAUAAGAUAUGUGGCUUCUUAGCUCAGUGAAUUUAAUAAAUCCCUUUAUUACUAAUCAUUGCGGGGUUAGCUAUAACUUUUCUGUGCAUCGUUGAGAACUGAUGCUCUCUAAAGAGAUUCUGCUUGUUACAUGACUGAUUCAAAUUCAAUGGAUGUAGCACAAAACAGAUAUGUAGCAGGUUACGAGUGAACUUCCCGCAGUCCUGGAAAAGUUGUCAUUUUCCAGCCAGGGAGGUGUUGUUUCCUAGUCGACUCGGUUUGUAGUCACAUUCGAUGUGAGUCUCUUAAAGUAUUGUUUUAUUAAACCAAAGGAAAGGA